UCUUAUUUAUUGAAUGAAUCCGUUAAGUUGGCUAUACUGAAAUAAAUAACAUUUUCAAUUUAAAAUAUUCAAGUGUGAAUGAUUCAAUUUAUUUUGUUAAACUAUUAACGAUCAGCAAAUUUAAUGUUGAAAAUGCUGCGAACUAAUUGCAAUAACAGUUCUCUGGACGCUCAGGUGAAUAUAGUAAAGCGUUUGGAAAAGUUAAAUAAAUGGCAGGAAGAGCAGAAACGUCUGCUGGACGAGCGCCAAAAUAUGCAACGAAAAAUGCUCGGCUUAGAGCACCAGGAUGUAUAUGAAAAAUUAGGAUUCAUAUCUGAUAACGACAUCAUUGCAAAUGUAGAGAAUGGCGGUGGUGACACAUCAGUUGAUCAGAUAAAAAUAUAUGGAGAUGAAAAUAAUUUUGGGUCUGACAGUAAAAUCAAUGAAAUAGAGAACCGAUUAUUUCAAGGCAUAAAUAAAAAUCAAGAAGAGUUCUCAAAUCCAAGAAAUUAUAACAAUAUUGCCUACAAUAAUGAAGAACUUGAAGUUAUAGAUGCUAAACCCAAGCGGCCAUAUCUUAAACGUGGCGAGGGCAUAAAAGCACGAUAUAAAAUAUCGCCGGAGUCUUUGCGACUAAACAACUUGCCGCGAUAUAAGUAUGCUGCGACGCAUUCGAAAAUUAAAAAUAUGCAACGUCGUAGGCUGGCACCCAGAGUAAAACCAUCUCAAAAAAAUUUAGUAUCAGUGGCUAACACAGAGGAUUAUAUUGAUGAUAUAAAACAGGAUGUAAAUGAGAAACAAUUUCAUAAAAUGUUGGCAACGGCGAAUCCUGCUAACAGUUCUACACCAGAUUCCAAGUAUUCUAAAGCGCCCUCUUCUUCCAUUUCUAUAACUCUACCCAAUGUUCGGUUAAGAAAAACUGAAUAUAAAGAAACAAAAGUUUGUGAAGACUUUGAAGAAAGUGGACCGGAAGAGCAAGUUGAACCAUAUGUCUCAAUUACUUGGUCAAAAGUUCUCGAUCCGCAACAUAUAAAACCAAUACCUAUAGAAGAUUUACGAACGAAUGUAUCUAUAUCUGAAAGAAAUACUAAUACUAAUGAAGAUGAUGAAACUUUAAGUAUCUUCGAACUUCUUGAGAGACAAGCUGAUCAAGGAGCUAUUGACAUGAACUCCAGUUGUGUUAAAAAAUUCCUAAACAAUAAAAUUAAAAACGAUAAAAAUGAUUCAAAUGAAACGGAAAUGCUUAUAAAAAAGAGAUAUGCUGAUUGUCGCUUGCGACCCACUGUGGAAGAGAUGUUAAGGUGUGAUUCUGACGAAGAAAAUAGUUCUUCUGAUAGCACAGACCUUAGAGGCGAAGAACGUCGAACACCUGGCAUCUUAACUUACCUAAGUGCUGAAUGCAAAAAUGAAUCAACAUUAAAUGGGGACAAAAUGGAUUUGCAUGUCCGGUUUUCUGAAGAAAAUACAACUUGUGAAUAUGAACAGUGCGAAGAUAUAAUUUCCAAUAAUUCUAUGAUAGAUGAAGCAACGACCACAAAUAAAAGUUCAUAUUUAUUUCAUCAAUUCAAGGAUGCUCUCUUUAGUGCAUUGCUGGGCAAAGAUGCUGGAGAAGACAAAGCAACAGGUCAGAAAAUGUUGAUGUCCUCACCACCAUCUGCGUUAACGCAAGAACUACAAGAAAAGAGCAACAUUAUUAAAUUACGUCUGGAAGAGCUUGAAAAGGAAAUAGCUGCCUUCAGGAAUAAUAACAUUGAAUUAUUGCGAGCUAAACAGGAAUAUGAAAUGGAGAGAGCACAUUUCAGUCAAGAACGUAACGAAGCACUGGAUCGCUUAAAAGACGACAAGAUUCAAAUGGAAAUGUACCUGCAUGAUGAAAGAAUGAAAAUUGAAGAAGAAAGACGUAAAUUUGAACAUCAAAUGCGAGUGCAAAAACAAGUAAUUACUAGCAAAGAACGAAAGGAAAUUGCACGACUCAAGGAUGAAUUAGAAGCGCUACAAAUUCAAUUGAAACAAAAGGAACAAUUACAUGCAUCUGCGCAGGCGCGUUUGCGUGUCCAAAUAAGAAAUAUGGAACGUGAUCAAAAACAACUAUAUGAAGACAUUGAACGACUAACGAAGGAAAAUAAACGAUUGCAAAAUGAGAAACAGAAACUCGAAAGAGAGGGCAACAAUAAAAUGCUUAUGGAAAUAAAUAGAAACAUAGCCAAAUUAGCACCCAAAUUGACUAACGGGAACACAUCCAACAAUUCUGAAUAUCCCGAUUUAAAUAAUCGAUCUUGCACCAAGAACUCGAAGCCAUUACACACUUCACCUACUCAAAAAUCAAAUGGAAAAUUUCAUCGUAUAACGAAAGCUCCACCUAACACGCGUAAUACUAGCAGAACAGAUUUAAUAAAUGAUUCAGAAAAGUCAUGUGCUUUAUAUAAAUUGGAUAUUGAUGAACGGUGUAAUGACUCGGAAGGCGAUUUAGCAGAUGAUGAUGAUGAUAUUAUUUCCGAAUUGAAACAGACCCAGAAUUGUAAAAGCGUGAAAUCUGUUGAAAGUACAAGUCGUUCUAAUACCUCGAAAGAUACUGUAAUUUACAAAGGUAAUGAUAGGCCUAGUGUAAAAGACCAUGUCGUGGAUAUGGAACGGGAAGCGAGUGGGCAUAAAAGUGGUAAAAGUGGUUCAGAGCGUGAAGAAAAUUUUCGACGUGAAAUUAUUAAUCCAGAUGGCAGUAAAGAUAUUUUGUAUCCAAAUGGUAACUUAAAAAAAAUCUCCUCGGAUGGCAUGAACAUCCGUAUGUUAUACUUCAACAAGGAUAUUAAAGAAACUAAUGUCAAUGAGGGGACUGUUAAAUAUUAUUACGCUGAAACAAAUACCUGGCAUACAACAUACCUAGAUGGGCUGGAAAUUCUAGAAUUUCCCAAUGGUCAAACCGAACAUCGUUAUAAAAAUGGAGUUGUUGAAAUUCAUUUGCCCGACAAUUCUGUGAAAAUUACAAACCCCGCUGAGAAGGAGAAACUAGAAGAGUGGCGUUUUGCUGAUGGUACAAAUUUAAUACAAAUGCGAAAUGGCGAUAGAGUUUUGAUGUUGCCUAAUGGUCAAAAAGAGAUACAUACGAAACUUAAUAAGAGACGUGAAUACCCGGAUGGCACAGUCAAACUGGUUUAUCCCGACGGAAGUCAAGAAACGCGGUACUCAAAUGGGCGGGUACGGUUAAAAGACAAAGAUGGCAUCCUAGUAAUGGACACUGAACGAAUUUAAAUAUACGUAUUGUGUCGAGCUAUUUUACAAAAUAUUCUGUGUUAAUUAAAAAUUUAAAAUGUAAAACAAAAUAAAAAAUUAUAGUAUUUUUGUGAAGAAGUAAACAAAAUCUUUAUUUAUUAAUAAUAUUUGAAAUUACAAAUUGACGGUAAGGAAUUUUUCAAUCCUCAUUUUCAUUAUCUUCUUCCUCUGGUGGAUCGAAAUCACGUAUCUUUACGUCAGCAUCUUCUCCAUAUUGUAUUACGUUGUCGAUUUGGAGAAGCAAAUCCUGGAUACUUUCUUCAUCGUCAACAUUCAGUGGAACGAAUCU